AUGGACAAACCUCAAGAAACAGCACCAGAUAAUGCUGCCACUUCUCCGAUAUCUAAGGUCCCCGCAAAGGUGACACUAGACAGCUCUACUAUUCAAACUACCUCUAACGUCGCCUUCGACUUGAGAUCACACGAUGCCGCUCAACACCCAGCAAGUACAUCCAGCUUUACCAGAGCACACGAAACUCCGGAGUUCCUGGCGAUACGUGACUUCGUGAAGAAGCACUCGGAAGACUUUGAUAACAUAGAGAUCAACUGUGAGGAGAAAGCGUUGGUAACUAUAUCACCGGAGAAUGAAGAGAGGGACGAGCAGGAAGAUGGUCUAGAUGUAUUUUUGAUCCUUUAUUCUCUUCUUGCGCGAAUCCAGCAUGCCGGCCUCAAAUUGAAAGAAGCUUGUGCGAUAUUCAGCAAAGCAUGGACACCAAUCAGUUUAAAUUGCUUCGAGGCUUUAAUCAAAGAAGCCGAAGCUUUUAAAGCACGAAAGGUAUUGGAAAGCAAGUGUUUUCUUACCAAACUACUCAAGUGUUCCAAAUUCCAACUCUCUGAUGUACUCUCUACCAUCCUUCCGGAUAUCUACGAUAAAGCCUUGACAUGGUCCCAAGCUCUCGAAAAAUUCAACAGCCAGUUUGGAUCUCAACUCGGCAUGUCCUAUUUCAAACGCUGUGUUCGACCUUUGAUACUGAAGAAGCUGAUCCCAACCGUCGGGAACAUAGACCCCCCAUUCAUGAACAACGACCUUGGGAAAUGCCUGGGCCUAUCUGAAGCACGUCACAUAACACUGGGAGAGGAAGUCGAGCGAAGAGAUGCGAAUCCCAAGGAGAAUAUGCGCGCGUUUAAUAAGAUUGCAGGACUCAAUAUCAAUGACGAGGUAUUGCAGCCCGCACUCACGGAGCUGCUGAUCGUCUUCAUGGUGCCAAGAGAGGAACUUGGGAAGAUACUCGGGCCGUGUGAGGAUGAAGACCUUUGUUAUGGACCCCAGCCGACUAUCUUACAAGAUCUCAUGGAAAGCCGGUUGGAACAAGAGUUCCGUGUUCUAAUGUUAUCUUUGAUGGCACAUCUUGUGAAGGCCGGAGAAGAUUUCAUUGAAAGCUUGGAAGCAUUUUCGAAGCACUAA